UCCACCGGAAGAGGCGCUGCGGGGGGCGGGGCUUCGUUGGAGCCAAAACCCCUGAAGGGUUUGUCGUUGUUUGCAAAUUCUGCUGAGAUUGAAGAGCCAAACAGUAGAUAUUUACAUUAACAGAAACGGCAAAAAAUAUCAAGCAAAGUACCCAGUAUGGAUGGUGGUGAAGACCAAAACACGGGCUCCACCAAUGGAAAUGCUCAGACAAGUGGGAAUUCCCGCCCACCACAGAUAGCCCACAUGUCUCUAUAUGAGAGGCAGGCUGUACAGGCCCUCCAGGCACUACAGAGACAGCCUAAUGCAGCUCAAUACUUCCAGCAGCUCAUGCUGCAGCAGCAGAUCAGCAGUGCCCAACUCCACAAUCUGGCUGCUGUGCAGCAGGCUACACUUGCAGCUAGUCGUCAGUCCAACUCUCCAAAUAACAGCGUGUCCCAGGCCACAACCACUGUCAACCUUAGCACCACGUCCGGAGGGGGGACCAUGACCAAUCCCCGGCCCCUUGGCCCAGCCACAUCUGCAACAACAACAGCUCUAAACCAGUCAGUUUUGCUGGGUGGGAAUUCAGCAGGACAGGGGCAGAUGUAUCUUAGGGUCAACCGCUCUCUCAGGGCUCCCCUUGCUUCUCAGCUCAUCUUCAUGCCUGGUGGUACAGCAACAGCUACUGUAGCAACAGUUGCCCAGCAACAGCCCCAGCAGCAGCAGCAGCAACAACAACAACAACAACAGCCUCAGCAACAGCAAGAAGUCUCUCCUACCCCUGCCAGUGCUCAGACUGACAAUGAUCAGGUGCAGAACCUGGCCCUACACUGUGCCUCCACUCCUAGGGCCCCUGCUGUUAAGUCUGAGUUUCCAGAGAGGAAAGACAACACAAAUUUUCCUUUAGGUCAACAGCAACAACCGUCAUUCCCCCAGACAGCUCAGCAACAGCAAGUGCAACCGCAACAGCAACAACAAAUGGCUAAGCAGAUGUCCAGCUACACCCAGCAGUCCACCGCCAACAGUAUGGCUGUGAAGACUGGAAACCAGGCUACCAUGACUGUUACUCCUGCUGCCUCUGUAGCUCCCUCCUCAUCCUCCUCUUCCUCUCCAGCACUGCCUCUCUCCCAGCUCCUCCUGUCCCCUUCUGGACUCUGCCAGGCCAGAGCAGUAACUACAGUUACCCCUGCUGCCACUGUGACACACAUCCUGGUGCCCACCUCAAAUGUUCCUACCUCCACCCAGGGCUACCCCAUUGGUUCAGUGGCCCCUAAAGCCAAUGUCAAUACUCAGACUCUCGUGGUACAGCCCCUACAACAGGCUAAUGCUACUGCAGAGAAAGGCCCUGUGCCCAUCCAGCCUAAGACAGCUCAGGGACACCGCCUACCUGUCCAGCUGCCCCCUCGACACCCACCACCCAUUCUCCCAGCCCCUCCUAGUAACAGCCAGGCCAACACGGGGGGUCACCACCCUCCCCACAUCCCUGUCCAGUUGGUGGGAGCCAGACAGGGCAUAGCUGGAAAUGUACAGGCUCUGGCCUUGGCCCAGACACGGAGCACCACAGCCCAGGAAAAUACAGCUGGUGUGAAUGCCAGCACAGCCUCCAAUAAUAGUGGUGUCACCAUGACAAAACAUGCUGCUGGCUCCCUGAAGAGGAAGUCUGACUCGGAUGCAAACAAUGAGAUGGCAGCAGAAACAACAGAUUCUGUUGCUCCAGUGAGAGACUCUGCUCCUCCUCUAUCCCCCGCCCCAACAAAGGACUCUGUUCCUCCUGCAGCAACCUUCUCAUCUCCUCCCACCCUGUCCCUGCCUCUGCCCUUGUCAAGAGUGGGCCAUGGGGACAAAGACAGAGCUCCUGUCCCCCAGGCAGUGGUCAAACCUCAAGUCCUCACCCACCUCAUAGAGGGAUUUGUCAUCCAGGAGGGAGCUGAACCUUUCCCUGUUGCUGGACUUCUCAAGGACAGAGAUUUUGCCAUGGUUGGUCGCACAGAGAAUGGACCAGCAAUGUUGAAGUGCGAGUACUGUGAGAGUCUUGCUCCUGCCAGCCAGUUUAGAGGAUCAAAGAGGUUCUGCUCCAAGACUUGUGCGAAAAGGUAUAACGUUAGCUGCAGUCAGCACUUCAGGACAAGCAGAGGGAGAGCGGGUGCAGGGCCUCCACCACCUCCAGCACCCACCGACAGCAUUGUUAAGCGCAGAGGUCCUCCUCGCAGGAGCAGUUCUGAGAUUGCCUGUACUAAAAUGUCAGGCAGGCAUCUACCUGUAAAGUGUCGCUCUGAUUCUAGUCGCUCAGAGGAUGCAUCCAGCGAUGGAGAAGAGGAAGAAGAGGACGAUUCUCCUUCACUUUCCCCAAGCUCUUCCCUCUCCUGCCCAAGACCUGCCCACAGCGCACCUCAGUCUGACAGCUCAGCUCCUGGCAGCCUCCCAUUGGACGGGGCCAACUUUUUACCAGCCACUCCUGCUCACUGGAGCGUGGAAGAAGUCUGCAGGUUUAUCUCUUCACUUCAAGGCUGUGAGGAGCUGGCUGCACAGUUCCUCUCCCAGGAAAUAGAUGGGCAAGCUCUGCUGCUACUGCGAGAGGAUCACCUCAUAUCCACCAUGAAUAUCAAACUGGGUCCUGCACUGAAGAUCUGUGCCUCCAUCAACAACCUGCGAGAGUGAGGCUGUCCAGAGGAAAGACACAAAGAUCUUUUCCUCAUUGUUGACUUCUCACUGGAAUUGUGGAAUCAGUACAUAGGACAUGUUCCUCUACGAAUAAGAAGUGAAAACUGAGACCAACGGGGACAGUAACAAAGGAGUUUGUCAUUCAGUGGUGCAUCAUCAGUUUUCUGGAAAAAUGGGGAUGGACAAUUUGCUUAGACUCUCUGGACAUUGAAUGUGCAAAAACAUGUUAUGUGUAUUGAUGUGAGUGGUGAGCAUGGGGGUUUAAACAGUCUGAAGUAUCCAUGUUAGUAGAGAGGGAUACAGUGUUUGUCUGUUUUUCACUGUUAGUAGAGACAUUAUGUAUGUAUACUCGUGUGAACCUGCAAAUCUGACAACCUGCAGCAAUCGGUGCUAGUUCUGCUAGCUAGGACAGUUCAUCCAUGAGGUAAAAACGAAACGUUGCCUUCUUGCUGUAUUUCAAAUGGUGCUUUAACUUUAGUAGUGUUACUACCAACAACAGUCCAUUUCAUUUCAAAAUGUUUUGUUUUUAAAGUAGCAGUUUUUUUGUUUGUUUGUUUGUUUUUUACCAUACAAGGCAUUCAGUCCAGGCUCCAAUCAUAUAAAGGAAAGGACACUCAAAAAGCCUGGUGUUUUUUUUUAUUAUUUUUAUUUUACCAGUUAUGUAAUUUAGUUUUGUAUCUUUGUCAUUUUGUACUACAAUCAAAGUUAUUUUUUCAUGGAUAUGACGUAGUGAGUUUUAGUAGCUUUAAUCGACUUAACUACCUGAAAAUAGGUAUUCCUCAUGGUUUGCUCUUUCAAGGGCUCUGGAAGUGGAAGUGCUCUGUCUACCUGUAUGCAGUACUGCCAAUAAACAAUGCCUGUUACUGGA